GCCGCGGCAGGCGGAGAGAGAGAGCGAAAGCGGAGAAGUUGCUUCCUGGAGCGCGCGGGGAUGACGGCUGCGCGUAAACGUCCGCGCGCCUCGACUCGGAUCAGAGCCUUGAUGAUUUUGUGAUCUUAAAAAAAAAAACAACAACCCAAAACAAAACAUAAGAGUGUCGGGGAAAGCGAGCUGCAGGUGGUGCGGAUGCUCUUGGAUCUUGGCCACGUAGUUUUCUUCCACCUUUGCGUUUUUUUUUUUUGUUUUUUUUUCCCCUACUUUGAACCAUGGCGUAUUCACAGCUGGGAUAUUCCUACUCCACCACACCGCAGGUGAAGAGCGCUCGUCAAAAAGUUCUUUUGAUUUAUUAACUUUAUUAUUAGUUUUUUUUUUCUUUUGUACGUUCAUUUGAACCAGUAAUGCUUCGUUUGUGUUUCGAGUUGUGCGUUUCUGAUGACCUCUGGUUCUCCCACGUCCCACCCGGUGCUGCGCUCCCCGGGCCACCAGCUUCCUCCUGAAAGCGGCGUCGGGGUCUACGGCGGCGCUUACCCAAAGAGCCAGAGCUACUACAACACAUGCGCCAGCGACGCCUCCUCUCUCUAUUCCAGGGGACCACUAGAUCCCAAAGAAACGGCACCCGUGCAUUUGGGGACGUCGCAGAGCGCCGCCUAUUAUCCUUAUGAGUACACGUUUCGUCAAUAUCCUUAUGACAGAUAUGGGUAUUCCUGCUCGGACAGCUCCUCCCGUCGUAAGAACGCCACCAGGGAGACCACCAGCACCCUGAAGGCCUGGCUGCAGGAGCACCAGAAGAACCCGUACCCCACCAAGGGGGAGAAGAUCAUGCUGGCCAUCAUCACCAGGAUGACGCUCACACAGGUGUCUACGUGGUUUGCCAACGCACGCAGGCGACUAAAAAAGGAGAACAAGGUGACAUGGUCACCGAGAGCUUGCAAAACCUCUGACGAGAGAGGCUGCGAUGAGGACAGCAGUGAAGCCGAGAAGCCGGUUAGAAGUAGCGCACACCUUCACGAUCAACGGUGUGGAGAACUGCAGAGUGACCUUGAAGACUUCGACAUGGUGGAGUCGGAUGCUUCUGAAAGUGACCCGAAGUCACGUGUUCUACCAGAGAGCGAAGAAGCAAACUCAAACGCAGAACACCCACGUGGCCAAAGACUGUCUGCGGAUUGCCCCAAACUAACACCAGUCAACCAUCAGAGCAGCUCCUUCUACAUGAAUCCAAAUCUUCAAAGUCCCGACACGAAGCCCAAAAUCUGGUCUAUCGCGCACACUGCUGUUCCCCCAGAAGCCGGCUCCCCACCAGAAUACCCCCCAUGCAUGCUAUCGUCGACCCGGUCCUCCUCCCCCGUGUACUCAACAAACAUGGCGCUCAGCAGUGUGGACAGGCAACAAGAGUCUCCAGUGGCAACACUGAGAGAGUGGGUGGACGGAGUGUUCCACGGUCCUCCGUUCCUGCAGCCCAAACCAGCAGAGGCGUGGAAAGACCUCAACGACAGCGGGGCGUCUGUCCAGUCCUUCGAACUCUUGCAGUCUACACCGUGUUUGUAGCCUAUGAUCAUUGUAGCACUGGGAUGUACGGACUAAAAACAAAACAAAAACAUUUUGCUUUCUAUGAUGGAACGGAGGUUCUGCACCUCAAACAUCAAGUU